ACGAAAACAUGAAUUCCUUAACUUUAGCUGGAGAAACAUCUCCUCCAAAGUCGAACGAUAAGAGGUUAGUUCAUACAUAUUUGUUGAUGUCGGUUUUAUUACUAAUAAAAUCAGUGUUCGAGUCUAAACUUCUAAGCUCGUUUAUUGGCUGAGAGAGCACCAAUAAAUCCCCAACAGAAAACAAAAUGUGCAAAAAGUUAAAAUUAAAAAUUUGUGUAAAUUACGUAAGUUUGCAAUAAGGAGCAACUUAUGAGAGUCGUAUUCCUUCUUGUUCUCUCUGAGAAAAACUAAAUAUUCUCAAUCUCAACAUGACUGGGAGAAAUAUAUUUAACUCUUCCAUUUUUAUUUUUUCCGUAAGAUUGCUGGUCACACAAUCAAUCAAAUGCGGGCGCAUAAUGCGUGCGUGACACAUCAUAAGAAACGUGCUGUACGCGAUAAAAGUAAUUUGAGAUUAUUUGCCUGCGGUGAGACAGUCAAGAGAAUUCUAGUGUAAGAUUAACUAUUUACAUAUCUUUCGCUUUUGAUGGCACACCCAAGUGCGAGCGGGCUGCGCUCUCGCGUUCCAGCCAACGAAAGUCCUGGUACAGGUCGCGAAGAGUCGUUCGCCGAUCAAACACCACUUUUGGACGAAGAAGCAGUUUUAUCAAAACAUCAAAUGAUGGAGGAGCAGACGCUCGAGAUAGAGUUGGAACACAUCGAAGUCGAAAAGAGGGAGAAAGAACGGCUGCGCUUUCGCGAUGGCAAGCGGCUGAUUGACUAUGUCAUCGCUUACGAGACGCCUUCGAACGAAGAUGAGUUAGACGAGAAGGAGAAGGAAAAACUGGGUGAAAAAGCGGAGAAAAGAGAGAGAUUUCAGCGAAAUUUAAAGCAAGCUGGGCUUGAAAUUGAGUACGAAGAAGAGGUUACUACAAAGGAAGACAAAACCAAGACACACUUUUUGAAAGUUCACGCUCCAUGGGAACUUUUAAUCAAGACCGCAGAAGAGAUGAUGAUGAAAAUGCCCAUAAAGGAAAGUGAUAUUACAACGAAAGGCUGGUACGAGAAAAACGUAGGAGAAAACAUCCGCGAUAUGAUUGAUCGUACUAAUCCCUUCGAGAUCCACGAUGGCACCAUCACCAAGUCAAGGAAUUUUUUUAUGGGUUACUUCAAGAGCGAUCGCUUAGAAAUUUAUGUCGGCCAUAAGAACAAAGACACUUUCUUCAGCCGAACGGACAGGAGUCGAAUGGUAGAGAACGUCUGUAGUCAUAUUCAGUUUGGUGAAGAAAAGUAUGAUGUUGGAAUUAAAAAAAUGAUUCAUGAAGGAAACUUCACUGCAUCGUACCCUCUCCAUCCUGGUCCCGAAGAAUGUUCUGAGGGGGAACCCCCCACGAACGAUAGGCAGCGCUUGAGGCGUGACUGGGCGCGGUUCGGACGUUGGUUCAAGUUUCAGCCUUAUGACGCCAUCAAGGAUUAUUUUGGUACCGAAAUUGGCCUGUACUUCUCCUGGCUGGGAUUUUACACAGUCAUGCUUAUUCCUGCCGCUCUUUUUGGGCUCUUCGUUUUCUUGUACGGUUUCAUUAACGCACGCGACUUUCAACCCGUAAAAGAUAUUUGCAACAAAUCCAACGAACGUAAAUUCUACAUGUGUUCCCUGUGUGACGAUCAAUGCCCCUACUGGUCUCUGGUCUCAAGCUGUUAUUACUACAUCGCAGCCCAUGCAUUCGAUAACGACAGCACGGUUAUCUUCGCUAUUUUCAUGUCUGUGUGGGCGACGGUAUUCCUGGAAUUUUGGAAGCGACGUCAAGCUGUUCUUGCCUACCGCUGGCACAUGAUGCAUUUUGAAGACGUCGAGGAACAGUUCCGUCCAGAGUUUGUGGCCACUGCCCCAACUUGGCGGGAAGAUCCUGUCACCGGAAAGGUUGUACCUCAUGUCCCAAACAUGACGAAAUACCAAAGGUUUGCUGGAGUUGGAAGCGCAAUCUCGUUCAUGAUUUUCCUGGUAGUAGCGGCGGUCAUCGGAGUGGUAGCCUACAGGGCCUCGGUGUUUGCAGCUUUAGUGCGCAGCGAAGAAAGCAAUGUGCGGAGAAAUGCCAAGAUUAUUACAAGUGUUACAGCAGCCUUACUUAAUUUGGUUUUCAUCAAUUUGUUGAAAUUCUUCUACGAGAAACUGGCAAUAUGGCUCACCAAUUGGGAGAAUCCGCGAACAGCGACUGACUACAAAGACAGCUUCACCUACAAGAUGUUCCUAUUCCAGUUCGUGAACACUUAUUCCUCGAUCUUCUACAUCGCUUUCUUUAAGUUGAACCUUGUAGUUGGCACACCGGGCAACUACCGGCGACUGGGAGGUAGUGGACGCUUAGAUGGGUGUGGCGCUGCAGGUUGCCUCCUCGACUUGUGUAUACAGCUGGCGAUCAUCAUGGUCGGGCAACAGAUUAUUGGAAACAUUACGGAAACUGCCAUCCCUGGCUUGAUGAAAUGGUGGAAACUGCGGCAAGCAAGGAAAGAAACCGAUGACAUCCCUCAGUGGGAAGAAGAUUACAAACUGAGCCCGUUACCAGAACACAGUUUGUUUUGGGAAUACUUGGAAGUUGUGUUACAAUUCGGAUUCGUGACGAUGUUUGUAGCUGCCUUUCCUCUUGCACCACUGUUUGCUUUGCUUAACAGUGCUGUAGAAGUGCGCGUAGACGCUGUCAACUAUGUCUGUCAAUUCCGCCGACCCAUCGCCACACGCGCUCAAGAUAUCGGAGCCUGGUACCCAAUUAUGGAAGGUUUAGCAAAUGUGUCAGUUUUGGUGAAUGCGUUUGUCAUAGCGUUUACGUCAGACUUCAUACCGAGGCUCGUGUACAUGUACUCCUACAGCGACGGAACUUUGGCGGGUUUCGUGGAAAGUCGUUUGGCGUACUUCAAUAUAUCUGACUACAAAAAGUACAAUUUGAGUGGAGAGCCAGGAUAUAAAUACGCAUAUCAAGUGCUGAAUUAUACCAGCGACUACUGUAGGUAA